CCGCUUGGUGUUUGACAGUUUAAUAAAGGAUAAUGCCCAAAACUGCAUAGAGUAAAAACUCAGAAUCAAUUUAAAUGAUUUUUUGUGGCAAGGUUGAUGAUAUAUCAACAGCCUCUAAGGGCCCACUGCUGAGCAAAGACUCCUCUCACACUGAGAAGGUUUGAGCAUUAACCCGUUGUGUGUCUAAACGUGGAUCUAAGCAGGACACAAUGUAAUUUCUAUUGUGUCUCAUACAUAACGGUGCAUUCAAACGGUUAAUCACCAUACUUGCUCAUUUCAAACUUAAGCCCGCCACAUCGAGGCGCGUAGCUAUAGCUCGCGUUCCAUGCGUUUGUAUGAAGUUGGAGUACUUUAUGAUAUUAUUAUCGUGUCUCUGAUAUCUAAUGCAGUAGGGCCUGACGCUAACACACUUACCACUUGGCCAGACAUUGGAGCCGGCUAAUCAGAGUGCAGAACCCGUACUCUUUCAAUUCCUCUAUACAUAGAACUUACUCGUACUAAGGGCUCGGCCCCCUCCUGCGCAGCAUUUUGUCUCGUAUUUGAGUUUAUUUUUGAUUACUAAACUUUGAGUCUAGUUUAUUCCGCGACUAUCUUUUUCCCCGAUUUUGCCCGCUUAUUCCUGAUUUAUCCCAUGGAAGCAUUUAAUCUGGAUAAAAGUAUCCUAUCACCUAAGUCAGCACUGCCUGUAUACCAAGUUUCAUGAGAAUCCGUUCAGUAGUUUCAGUGUGAUAGAUUGACAAAUAUCCAAAUAAAGAAACUCAUAUUCGUAAUGUUAAUGUGACGACUGUGUUUAGUGUAAUAAAGUGUUUUUUGUGAGAUAUAGACUCGGUGUCCAGACAGUGACUCUUGUUUGUAUUUGUGUUCAAUUUUCGCGAUGAAUUCGCGCAAAGAAAACACUAGAACCUGCUGCUUGUGUGGAUCUUCACCUUGUAAAGAUCCCAGCAUCAAUUUGUAUCGAUUCCCGAAGCCUGGCACUCAAAAUGCUAUGCGGUGUGAAUUAUGGGCCAAGUAUUGUUAUCCAAAUGAAGACUGGUCAUCGCCACAAUUCCAAAAUGAAAUGUAUGCAAAGCAUAAGAUGCUAUGUAGCAAACAUUUUGAAAGUACCUGCUUCAUCGAGAAGAAGUUGUUCAGGACGGCGGUACCUGGAUUUAAAUAUUGCGACCGGUUCGAAUUGUCUCCAACCACGAAAGAUGAAGAAUCAUCAUUAGCAGCAUCACCGUUGCCACCAUCAUCAUUACAGUUACCGUCGAGUCGUCCUACGCACGUCCCUUUUGUGAUAAACAUACUCGAACCGCUCUUGCAGAUAGUUAACAACUUGAAGUUGCUAUUGGUAACUGCUCAAGCUCAUGACGUGCAAUGAAGAGCGCGGGCGGGGGGCACGAGAAUAGCAGUCAGUGCAUGCCUGAUGACUGUUUGUCCGCAUGAUAAAAUUAAUGUCAAACUGCCCGAAGCAGAUGCUCAUCGAGCAAUGCGUCUAUGAACUACUAGCUUUUAUCCGCGGCUUCGCUCGCGUCACAAAAGGAUAAAAAGUCGCCUAUAUGAC